AUGUUGAAUUCCUAUUGUGCUUCUUCCAACAAUCGUCAUGAAGAUAGACGAGAUCAACAACGUUCGAAAGAUGAUGAGAGACCUAUAUUCUCUCAGAAAAAGAAGAAGUUCAUCAUGAUCCACAUGGACAACUGUUUGUACAAUCUUGAUGAAACUCUCUAUCGGCUGUUUUGCCAAAAGUUCGGUGAUGGCAAAAUUCCUUCUCCCGAUGAAAUGAUUGAAAAAGCGUGCGAAGACUCUUUCCGAUCGUUACCAAUCAUCUCAAGAGGAGACCAAUACAAAUUAGCCUCCUUAUUGACGGACGAAAACUUUUUUGGAUAUGAAAAUUUACAGCUCACAAACACGAAAGGAAUUCUUCAAGAAAUUUAUCAAUACGAAGACAAGUACAACACGAUUGAUUUUCGAUUAUUUACAACAUUGAAUCCUCUCAAUUCAUCGAUUUAUUUCAAAAGUGUCCAUCAUAACAGUGAAGGAAAGAAAGAUCAUUCAAAGCCUCCAACUAUUGCGCAGGAUGACGUCUCACGAUUAAUCAUCUCCAAAAUGAAUUGGGUUCUCAAGUUGUUAGGUCAUAAGAAAAAUUGGAUGAAGAAGAUGAUGUUUUUAGAAGAGGAUUUAUCGCACGAAUCUUCUCCUGUUUUAAAUUCAGCGGAUAUCAUUGUACAGGCUUUUCCAUUCAUUUGCUCUUGUAACCGUGCUGAAAAACAUCAACAAGUAUUUAUUCUUCAGGGGCCAUGCAAUACCAACUUUUUGAAAAAGUCAAAUGCUUGGAAGCAAUUCAUGACCACCAUGACGAAUCAUGAGAAUAACUUACGUACCUUCCACCGUAUGAAAGGAUGGAAGGACUGGAAGAAGAGUUGGAAUUUAGAUUUCUCUCUUGAUGAUUUUUUGAACAAGUUUCAAUCCACUCAAACUGCAGACGCAGCAAUUAGUUCUUCAAAGAGUAGAGACAUCAUUGAGAUUCCUUAUUAUUUUCAUGGAUCAAAAGAUUCUGUGGAUACUGACAAGUUUUACAUGUUCACUGAACAGCUUCCACCCGAGAGUGAUUGUAAUUUAUUUAUUCGAUCCUCUGGUAAUGAGGAUCGAAAUUUAGUAGUGGUACGACGUGAAGAUUUUUCAAAGUUAACAAGUGAUACUGACACAGGGUUCAUUGCUGAUGUGUUCAAGGGAAUACCAGAUGAGGCCAACAAUGCUCUGUUCACUACGUAUUCCUACCAUAAGCAAGAUUAUCCUUGUCCUAUUUCGGGCAGAGUAAGAAGAUUAAUUCCCCUUAAAGUAUGCUACACAAUUAUUAACUUAUUGUCAAAAGUUAGACGCUGCAAAGAAUUUAGACAAGCAGUCAUUAAGGCUCUGAAUGUGCCAUCCUUUAAAUUGAAAAAACUAACACUCGAGUCAAUAGACUUUACAAAAAUGACCAUUGAUGAUUUGGGUCUUGAUGAUGUCAAAUAUUGUGCUUUUAGAUUGGGCCAAACCUUGGCAUUGGUGACAAGAGGCUGUGAAUUGUACACUAAAAGAGACAUUGCAGAUUUCUAUACAGAACUACAACCCUUGUUAUAUCGUGAUGAGACGUUAGGGCAUGAACAAAAACUGGAUACGCUUCAAAGAUUUAAAAACAGGUUUUUGCAAGAAAUUGAGUGUAUCGUGUCACAAAGAUUUUCACAUUUGAAUAUUUUAUUUUUGGAUAGAGAGAAAUUAAGCGACAAGAAUAUGAACUACUUUUAUUUGCAAUGUAAUGGGUUUGUUCUUGAUUUGAAAGAUAAGUUGGUCCGAUGCUUGUCGUAUGGAUUUGAUGAUCAAUCAGUUGCAACUGUUCUUAGAAUGAAAGAUAAAGAACACGAAGUAUCAUCCUGUUGGAAUCUUAGUGACAACAUAUUGGAGCCUAAAGAUAACACCGAAUCAAGAGACAAUAUUGUACCAAUUCAAAUUUUCACUUCCAACAGAGAGCAGGAUAAAGCUUUACAUCCUUACAUGGCUUCCUUAUUGGACGCAAUUUACGAAGAUGAGGACGAACGAAAUGGAGUGCCAAUGAGUGAAGAAAGAUUAUCCGACCCAAAACAACAACUAUCAUUCAAAAUUUUGAGAAUUUUAGAUUCGAUCAAGAAGCAACCAGGCCAUGGUGAGAAAAUUUACGAGCUAUGUCAACAAGUUCAGCGACUCGAUUUCACGAAGUAUUUUUUCGUGUUCGAUUUUGACACGAAGCUUGAAAAAAUUGUUGACAUUAUUCACAUGAGGUCAAAGUUAACCAACCUUCCUGUUGAUUCAUCUGUGAUUGAAUACUAUCGAAAGCUAAUAUAA